GUCGUGAACAAGAUGGCGGAUAGUAUUGCGCGAUAUCUGGAGUUCGUAAAAGCAAAUCCCACAUUAGCAAGUGAACUAGAGGCUGUCUUGCGAUGGGUAUCUUAUUUUACGGCUGGUCGCUUUGGUAAGUCAGCUGUGCUGUCGGAGCUCCUGUACUCCUCCUCGAGCCUGUUAACGUUGCUGAAUGACACAAUCCUCCGUCGAGCAGCGAAUGUCCCGGCCCAUCUUAAUGAAGUGGUGGACAGGCUACAGACCUGUUUAGCUGUUGUGGAAUACGUGGAAGUAUUCGGUGAAAUUGCUGCCUUGCACUUGAGUGGGCCAGGAACAAGAUGGGUCAUCAUUGUCAUCCUACAGAUCAUCAAGACAAUCAUUCGGCUAGCCCUGCUGCUGUAUCACCAGCAGGGAAUCCAGCGGUCACCACCGAUUCAACCAUUGAACCGACAUCAGGUCCUGCAGCCCAACUCCACAGGUGGAUCAGAUGCAUCGUCAACACAGGAUAGCACUUCAAUGGCUACAUAUUCUCUCAGACACAGUGGACGUGUAGUCAGGACAUUAGCUGCUGCCCCACCCGUAUCCAGGAGAAGCUGGAGGCUUCCCACCCCAUUGGGAGGUGACAGUUGCUCAUCGUCUCUGCAAGAUAAAUUACCAUCUACAAAACUGACUGGAGCAAUGCUUGCAGCUGAAGUGGUGCAUGUUUUGCGGCCGCUCACACAUCUAUCUGCUGUUGGGGUUCUUGGUGAACAGUCUUGGGCACCAUGGUUGGUAGCUGCUGCCAUGGACGUCGGCAGCCUUCAAGUUCUGAGCAACGGCAGAGCUUCACUGCACUAUCGUGAAAGAGUUGAAUUGAAUCGACGUCUGCUCCUUCUCGUGUUCUACCUUCUUCGGUCACCAUUCUAUGAUCGUUUCACCAAGGUUCGACUACUCAAGUUUCUUGGCACCUUGUCCACAAACAUUCCACUUGUCGGAUACCUGUUGCGUCCAUUGAUGGAAUACCUCCCUGAAUGGCAGAAAACUUACUUUCAUACUUGGGUAUUUUAAUAUAAGACUUGUCUGGUUGACAUCUAUAAACGGUGAUGAAACGAGGCUGCUUGAAGUCUUCACAGACUCGAUUUCUCUUGAUUCUUUUGAAUCAGCAAAACAGAUUAUAAAACUUUCUAUGAAUGCA